AUGCACAUCGCCAUAGAUUGGUAUUGUGUGCGCGAAACUUGACACAUUUGUUUCGUUUCCGCUAUUUUUAAUUUCUUUUAGAAGCUAGUGAACUGUGCUGUGAAUGAGGUGUACAUGUUUUGAGAACGUUCUUCAUUAGGAUUUCAUUUUAAAUGCACGGAUGAUUCUAUAGCACAAUGCCUUUAUCAACUAGCCGACAGCAAUUCUUGGCGUACGAAUCUCAUGGUGAUCCAGAUAUACACUAUACUAGAAAAGGCGGAGUAUUUAUAUCUACCUGCAUUUGCGCUAUCUUCGUUAUUUUCUCUAUUUUAAUAGCUAUACUUGUGGGUAUAAUCGUAUACUACAUCACAUACAUUAAGAUAUCUCAAAAAUCUGAAGAUUUCUGGGAUGAGACAGAUCCAUUUGGUCAAAGUAGCUCACCUUCACCAGACCUACGCCUGCCUUCGAGUAUAAUACCAAGCUUUUAUAGACUUAAAAUCAAAGCUGAUUUAGAGAACAAAAAUUUCAGUGGAGAUGUGUACAUUACUAUAAAAGCAAAUAGAAAAGUUAACCAAGUCAUACUCCACUCCAAAGAUCUCGUUAUUGGACAUGAAUUGACUUUAACAGAACAAAUAUAUGAAAAGGUGGAAACAUUACACUCUGCUAAAUCUAAACGAGAAAUAGUGACAGAGAAUAAUACUGUAACAGAGACUAAUUCAACAUUACCAAGUGCUACAACGGUAGACACGGUCACAGCUGAUAAUGCUACAUAUGUAGAAACAACUGAUAAUUCAUCAAGUAUUUUAACCACAACACCUCCAGUUAAUACUCAGGUCACUCACAGUAAUGUGAGAAACAUAAAUAUUACAUCAGUGAAGUUUAGAUCCGGCGAUCGACUGAUUCUAAACCUCGGAUCAUAUCUGACUCCAUAUGUUGAUUAUACCUUACAAGUGCCCUUUAAAGGAAACAUUUCUAGCUCAUUGACCGGCUUCUACCAGAGUACUUAUACGGAGGACAACCAAGUGAGACAGUUGGCCGUUACACAGUUUGAACCGACGUCAGCAAGGGCAGCUUUUCCAUGCUUUGACGAACCAGAAUUCAAAGCAAAGUUUGAGAUAAGCAUCGCCCAUAGGAAUAAUGUAUCCGUAUUAUCAAACAUGAAAAUAGCCAUCGAAGAACCUGUCGAAUCAGAUCCAGAAUGGAAAUGGACACAUUUUGAGAGAUCAGUCAAUAUGUCUACUUAUCUGGUUGCUUAUGUACUAUCUGACUUUGUAAAUGUAGAGACAAAUUAUACAAGUGUCGGUAACAUAACCAAACCAAUUAGGAUAUGGACAAGACCCUCCUUGAUAUCCAAAGCGAACUAUGCACUAACUAUUGUACCUAAGCUGCUGUCGUUCUACGAGGAAAUCUUUGGUGUGCCGUAUGCGUUGGACAAAAUGGAUUUAAUAGCCAUCCCCGAUUUCUCUAGCGGUGCCAUGGAAAAUUGGGGUCUAAUCACUUUCAGAGAGACAACCCUAUUAUAUGAUGAAAUUGAGGGUAUUCCCCGCGAGAAACAAAACGUAGCUAUCGACGUAGCCCAUGAGUUAGCUCAUCAAUGGUUUGGCGAUCUCGUCACUAUGAAGUGGUGGACGGACCUGUGGCUCAAUGAGGGUUUCGCCACAUACAUAGAGUAUGUCGGCGUUGACCAUAUUGCACCCGAAUGGGACAUGUUUGAAUCAUUCACAAGGGACAAAAUGAAUCUUCUUAGAACAGAUGCUCUGAAGAACACAGCUCCUGUAUCGCAAAAGGUCAUCGACGCCUCAGAAAUAUCCCAGAAGUUUGAUGAGAUAUCAUAUUCAAAGGGCGCCAACUUAAUAAGAAUGUUGAACCACACUAUAUCCAAGGAAUUGUUCCACAAGGGAUUGCUUAUAUAUUUGAACCUUUGGAAAUACCGGAACGCCGAGGAGAACGAUCUAUGGCAGGCGAUGUCUCUAGCUACUAAGGAGUCCCCGCGUCUGAAGGGCCUGUCUGUUGUCGAUUUCAUGAACACUUGGACUAAACAGCCGGGUUACCCUGUGGUCAGGGUCCUCCGAAACUAUGAAAACGAUUAUGUUACCUUUGAGCAGAAUCUCUUCACCAGCAAUAAAAAUAAUAAGAAGGAACAAAAAUGGCAAAUACCCAUAAGUUACAGUACUAACAGCAGCGACUGGAGUACCGAGGCGAAAUUCUUUUUGAACGACGACGCUAUCACGACUCAAAUUGAUAUCAACAGCUCGCAGGCGCUGUACGUUAAUGUUGAAGCUAUCGGAUACUAUCGGGUUAACUACGAUCACAGGAACUGGGAUCUGUUAAAUAAGGCUCUGAAGAACGGCACAAUCAAAAGCCCGAUAGCGAAAGCCCAGCUUAUAGAUGACGCUUUCAAUUUGGCCAAAACUAACCAAUUGGAGUACAGCUACGCGCUCGGGCUAACCACGUGCGUCAUAGACGGAGAGGAGUCCAAGACUGUUUGGGACUUAUUAUUAAACAAUAUGGCGUUUUUGAGUCACAACCUGAGAGCGACUUCCGGGUACAUGUACUUCCAGGACUACAUGAAGAUAAUACUGAAAAAACAACUGGAGCGUCUCAACUACGGUCUGAAUAAACCCAAGGACGACAACGAAGCGUUCUUAAUAGAGAACCUGGUGCUGUGGGAGUGUCUCGUGGAGUCGCCGCGGUGUCUACAGUGGACCAGGGAACAAUUUGAGACUUGGACCAGUAAACCAAACAUGACUGAUAAUCCUAUCCCGAGCUUCCUUCGGUCGCUAGUCUACAACAUGGCCAUCAAAAACGGAGGUAGACGGGAGUUUGAAAUACUUUGGAACAUCUUCUUAAACACCACCGACCCUAAUAUUAAGAGCCUGAUUAUAUCCAACUUGCCCAGCACUAAGGAGGAAUCGUUGAUAACUCUACUGCUCGAGAAGAGUCUGUCGGAGAUACCGACGCAGUACGCGAUAUCGGCUUGGAGCGUGGACGCGCCAAUCGGCACUAAGAUAGCCCAGGACUUCCUCAUAGACAACUUCGACAAGGUGUACAAGAGAUUCAACGAGAUGGAUUCCUUCAUGUUCGCUGGAGUACUGAACGGAGCGUUCGGCUUCAUCACUACCAACGACGAAUUGAAUAGGUUUAAAAAAUUCGCUUUGGACCACAAAUCUGAGCUGCAGCCAAUGUCUCACACGCUCCAGAAGAUAGCUGACAGCGGAGCGGUCAGGAUAUCCUGGAUCAACACACACGCUAGGAACAUUAACAACUGGUUCAAGACAUAUGUAGAAGAACAUUCAACAAACAGCCAAACAACGGACACGCCAAACGAAACCAUCACAGACAGCAACGUCACUUUGAGUUCUUAAAAUUAUCUCGUUAUAGCUAAUAAAUUAAACAUACAUUCCAAAGUCGUUUAAAUAUAAAAUAUUAUCUGUAUAAUGUAAAAUCGAUACGAUUGAUUUGUAUGUUAUCUGUAUUUAUUAUUAAUCUGUGCUUAUUACAAAGUGUCACUGCCCGCAAAAAUACAAUUCACUUAAACUUGUCUAACACCUAAAUCAUGUAUUCCUUUAAGAAUAUACCUUAAGUACUUUUUUAUUGAGUUGUGAGAUGUUUAGUUUAAGUAUAUAAAUAAAAUAUCAUAAUACAUUGUAUAUUAAGAUCUUUACACACAAAGCUAUCUUAUUAACAUUUUAAGAAGCCUUGAAAAAUUUAUACAAUUAUAAUAUGUUUAUUAUCAAUUAAUAUUAAUAAAUUCAUAUUUAUGUCCGAAUAUAAAAUGCUGAAUAACUCUACGUGCCAAACAUAACCAAAACUUAUUAAGUGAUAAUGAAAGAUUUUUUCAUCAUUUAAAUCUUUAUUAACUCUAUGAUUAAAAAAUAUUACAUUUCACAUUCUUAAGAAUAUACAAAAAAUACUUAUAAAUAAAAAAUUAUUUGAUUCUUUAUAAUAAAAUCGUUAUUUAGUUUUUUUUAUAACAUUAUGAAGUUCCUAUAGGAAGUUUAGCAUCUCGAAAUAUAAAUCCAUAAAAAUAAGUCGAAAUAUUUAUGUUGAAAGAUUAAUUUAAGUCAAUAAAUAAUUAUUACUAACCAAAAA